UUGGGUUAAAGAGGAGAGGUGUGCAAGGGGUGUGAGGUGUGUGUGAGUGUGUGUGUGACGCAUUCAUCCUCAGCAUAUAAACCCCGAGCAGGCAAAAAGAGGCCAGUCAGACUUUUUAAACUACACACUGAAGAACAUGGACACAGACAACGAAAUCCCUGUCCUAAGAGAGGGCUUCCUGGUGAAGAGGGGCCACAUAGUUCACAACUGGAAGGCCCGCUGGUUCGUGCUGAUGCCUGAUAAGUUGCUGUACUACAAAUACGAAGGAGGGAAACGGGAUUCAUGUCAGAGAGGGAAAAUCCUGCUGAAGGACUGCCUCAUAACAUGUCCGUUCCUGGAGUACGAAAGUCGGCCGCUUGCGUUCAAACUCCAGACCAAGCAUGGAGUGGAUCACUUUUUGGAAGCUUGCUCCAGAGAGGAGAGGGAUGAGUGGGCUGCUGACAUCACCGCCGCGGUCAACAAGCUGCAGGCCACUGACGGCGGGAAGCUGAUGAGCCAGAAAGAUUCUGCCGAAUCCCGCUUACAAAACAUCAACCUGAGCAAAGUGUUGGACUCCAUGUAUGAUGUCCACAGUGGGAUCAAGUUGAGCAACCAUGUGGAGCAGGGAAGCACUUACAGCAACUGCUUUUCAGGUUCAGCGGUGGUGGACUGGCUGGUGUUCAUGCAGCUCAGUCUGACCCGUGGGGAGGCCGUGACCUUGGCCUCUGCUUUGCUCGAGGAGGGCUUCCUGCGGACCGUUGGCCUUAGGAGCAUGGAGGCCCUUCGCACCGCCAGCCUCAGUGAGCAGUUCAUGGACGACUCCACUGCCCUCUACAGCUUUCCUGACAGCUUCAAAAAAAGAGGCAGCGUGAAGUCAGAGAAGUCGCGGUCGGCACUGGAGCUGAGUGGCAAAGUCGUAAAACGAGGAUACCUGCUGAAACAGGGGCACAGAAGGAAAAACUGGAAGGUGCGACUGUUUGUGCUGCGUUCGGAGCCCGACUUCCUCCAUUAUUAUGACCCCACCAAGGAUGACAUCAGCCCUGUUGGCGGCUUCUCCCUGCGCGGGUGUUUGAUAUCCUCUCUGGAUGAUAAUGGAGUUCCUUCAGGCGUGAAGGGCAACAUUCAAGGCAACUUGUUUAAAAUCAUCACAAAGUCGGACAUUCACUACUUCAUCCAGGCUCCGACUCACCAGGAGAAGAUGGACUGGAUAGACGCGAUGAGAGAGCACACGUAGAACUGCUGAGUCCAGGAUAUUUCACAUAUCUGCAGGGAUGAACUUUUUUAUUUUUCUGUGAAUGCACUCUCGCUAUAAGGCUAAUAGACACUUUAUCACCAUUCUGUUCGUUUGUGUUUAACACGUUAAAUCUUAUGUUCCUGUGUGAAUAUUUUUAGUUUUUCAGAAACCCUUCAGUGGUAACAAUUGUUUUUAAUGUUUUGCCUAAUUGUGUUGAAGUUUAACCGUUUGUAAUUCAGUUUCAAUAUUAGCAUUUGGACAAUGCUUCUUAUAUGUUUUUUAGCAACUGAACAAGUUUGCAAAUUUCAUUUUCUGCUAUUUUAUUCUUCUGACAUUUCGAAAAUAAAGAAAUAAUGUUAUUUAUU